GCUUUCUCAGUUCAUUUAUCUGCUCUUUCUUUGUUAUUCUGUUCGUAAUGGAGGAUACUUCAGCAACACAUGGUAACCAUGACGUGGUUUUAGAUGUAAACAAGGAUGUCUCUAGAACAACUCAAGACUCGCGCUCUUGUGUUAAUGUUUCUUUCCUGCAGAAGUUGGUGGCGGAGACAGUGGGCACAUAUUUCUUGAUAUUUGCGGGGUGUGGUUCAGUGGUGGUGAACAAGAACAACGACAACAUCGUAACUCUUCCUGGGAUAGCAAUUACGUGGGGACUGGUUGUCAUGGUGCUCGUUUACUCUGUUGGUCACAUCUCUGGUGCCCAUUUCAAUCCUGCUGUCACCAUUGCUUUUACCUCCAUCGGAAGGUUUCCAUUGAAGCAGGUGCCAGUUUAUGUAAUAGCUCAGGUUGCUGGAUCCACACUUGCAAGCGGGAGUCUGAGACUAAUAUUCAAUGGCAAGCAUGACCAUUUUUCAGGAACACUCCCAACAGGGUCUCACCUCCAAUCUUUUGUCAUUGAAUUCAUAAUCACUUUUUUCCUUAUGUUUGUCGUAUCCGGAGUUGCCACCGAUAACAGAGCGAUCGGUGAGUUGGCCGGGAUUGCUGUUGGAUCCACUGUGCUGUUGAAUGUGAUGUUUGCAGGGCCAGUGUCAGGAGCAUCAAUGAACCCAGCAAGAAGCAUAGGGCCUGCGUUUGUACACAAUGAAUACCAUGCAAUAUGGAUAUACUUAGUGGCUCCAACUUUGGGGGCUGUGGCUGGUGCAUGGGUCUACAACACAAUUAGAUACACAGACAAGUCACUGCGUGAGAUCACCAAGAGUGCCUCUUUCCUUAAAAGCAGAGAGUAGUGGCUUAAGCAAUUUGUGGACUAGAAUGUUAUUUAGAGGGGUGUGGAUUUUGCAAAGUAGUUUCUCUCCAUUUUGUUUCAGGCCAGAGUAGAGGAGUGGAGUAUGCAUUGUUGCAAACACAUCCAAAUAAAUAAUAAA